AUGGGUGAUAGGAUGAUCAUGAUAACGUCACCAUCUAAGAGGGAUGAUGCCAGAGAUAUUGGAGAUAUUGAUUUGCAGUCCUACAAGGACGUGGAGAACAUCGCGUUCUACCAGGUUCCAGCAAAUUUGGAAUCAGUCUUGUCCAUGGAAAGUGAGAGAUCACUAGGAGUUCAUGUCUGCAUGGACAACAGUGGUGUCAACUUCCUGCACAGGUUUCUUCGUCACCUUGUGGGGUACAAAGAGAACUACAUGAAUUUGAGAAACAUCCUAUUCCAUGGUAUUGAAUGGCAGAUUCAGGGCUUGCAACUUAUCUGUUCACUUUUAGGCCCUGGCUCAAGCGUGAAGCAGGUGGAAUUCCAGAAGAAUGUUUUCAGCACAAAAUCAGCACAUGCUUUUGUUCUACUCUCGGAAAUGCUUCACCAGAACAACACCAUCAAAGCAGUUGUUUUCUCUGAAUGUAGAAUUGGAUCAACUGGAGCCACGUUGCUUGCUUCAGCUUUGGCAAACAACAGAAGUGUGGAGGAGUUCCAAGUAUGGGAGGACUCCAUAGGCUCCAAGGGGGCAGAAGAACUCUCCAAGAUGAUCGAGGUGAACUUUAUCCUGAAGAAGUUGAUCAUCCUUGACUACAGCUCCAUUACAGUGGCUCCACUUAUCUCUGCUGUGCUUGCACGCAACCGUAGAGUGGAGGUUCACAUAUGGGGACACAGUCGUGGCACAAAAGGUGGCAUGAAUAGCUGUAAAAUUGUUGAAUUCCUGCCUGAGACUGGGAGCAUGAGGAUCUACAGCAACAUUAACUCGACAGGGCUGCAACGGGUUGCUUGUGCUCUGGCAUGGAAUACCACAGUGACAACACUGGACAUGUCAAGUGUCCCACUAAAGUCCAAAUGGACCAAAGAGCUUAGAGGAGUCCUUGAACGGAACAGGAGCCUGAAAACUGUGAAGCUUAGCAAGUGUUCCCUUGGGGACAAAGCAGUGGUGUAUAUAGCUGCAGGGCUCUUUAAGAACAGCUAUUUAGAGAACUUGACUUUGGAUGGAAAUAGAUUUGGUGGAGUAGGGGUGGAGCAUUUGCUAUGCCCUCUUAGCACCUUUUCUCCACUUCAGAGACAAGCCAAUACCACAUUGAAGGUUUUGAGUUUUGGAGGAGAGCGAGCUAAUAUCGGCAAGCAUGGUGUAUCUGCUAUCUUGCAGAUGUUGGAGACAAACCAGAGCCUAAUUCAACUGGCAAUAUGCAAUGAUGCAAGUUUGAAGCCAAAUGAUGUUGUCAAAAUCUUUACUAGUUUAGAGAGAAAUGCCACUCUGCGUAGCUUGUCUUUGAGAGGCUGCAAGGGAGUUGAGGGGGAGGCAAUCCUGCAAACCAUUAUGGGCACUUUAGAAGUCAACCCUUGGAUUGAAGAAAUUGACCUUCAUGGAACACCUUUGCAUGUUGCUGGGAAAACGGACCGAAUUUAUGAGAAGCUCUGUCAAAAUGGGAGUCUUGUUCUGCCAAAUGAUUUUCUUGAUUUGCCACUUAGUCCUCCUACUUGCUGCCGUGUUUUUCUAUGUGGUCAGGAAUCAGCAGGUAAAAGCACGCUACAUAACUCCAUAGAUCAGUGCAUGAACCCAUUGAAGUCGUCUCGCAUAGAUGUAACAAGUACUUUGAUGAAUCCAGUUGUGCAAAUGGAGUACACUAGCGAGAAUAAAACUAGUGCUUUCUUUGAUGGCAACACAAAAUUGACAAUGUGUAAUCUUGGUGGACAAGAGGAGAGUUUUCCCUUACAUGAUUUUAUGUUUCUGGUGCAUGGCGGUCCAUGCUUUUUCAUGAUUGUAUCUAGCUUGGUUCUGAAGCCUGCUAAUAGUGUAACUAUAGUUCUCACCCAUUAUGACAAGGUAGCUCAUCUACCAGAAGGGCUACAGCCAAUUGCUGCACUUGUACAAAGGCUCAGAGAAGAAUUCCAUUCAUAUGCAGAAAUUUACCCCACUGUUUUUGCCGUGGAUGCAAGAUCAUUGGUUUCAGUAAGUAGACUCACCCAUCACUUGCGGAUGACAAUUAAGACAAUCCUCCAGCAAGUACCUCAAGUUUAUGAAGUAUGCAAUGAUUUGGUUAGAGUUUUGCAUGACUGGAGGUUGAAGAAUAAUAAAGCUGUAAUCAAAUGGUCUGAGUUCCGUGAGAUAUGUCAGCUCAACAUUCCAGCGCUAAGAUUGAGAUCAAGGCGUGAUAAUGUAGAGAAAGUGGACACAAGAAGACGUACUGUUGCAAAAUCAUUGCAUAAGUUGGGUGAAAUAAUAUUUUUUGAGGAGCUUGGAGUACUGAUCUUGGAUUGUGACUGGUUCUGUCGAAAUGUCCUUAACCAACUAGCUACACUGAAAUCAGUCAGGACAGAAAGAAGUGGUUUUGUCCGCAAACAAGAGCUGGAGAAGAUUCUGCAAGAGAAGCUGUGCAACCAAAUUCAAGGGUCAAACUGGAGAGCUGGUGCAUCUUUCCAGGGCAAUGAUGUCAUAAAUUUGCUGUUGAAGCUCGAAUUGUGUUAUGAACAGGAUCCUGGAAACCCAGACACAUUGCUUCUAGUGCCAUCUAUUCUUGAGGAAAGCAAAGAAGGGACUCAAAAGUGGCACUUAACCAUGCCAGACUGCAGAUAUGUUGGAAGGCAUCUUAAAUGCAAAGAUAUACACAUGUUUUUGACAAGCGAUUUCUUUCCAAGGCUUCAGGUUCGUUUGCACAACAAGAUCAUGUGCAUGGGACAGCAACAGGGUGCAGUCUACAUCUUGGAGAAAAAUCUUAUUUAUACAGUGGUCAAUGGUUUCCAUGUUAGAGUGGAGCUGGGAAGGACAUUAGACUCAUCCAUCGAUGUGCUUGCAUGCUCCAGCAAAAGUGUUACUGACAUGGUGAGGAUAUUCCACAAGUUAAUAAUCCCGACCAUACUAAACAUGUCUUCAAGUUUGGUGUUCGAGGAAAGCAUUAUCAGGCCAGACUGUGUAAAAUAUCUCAUACCACAUAGGUUCCUCCAAACGCAGCUGCUGCCUCUGAAGAGAAUAAAGCAAAUUCUUUUGUCAUUGCCUGCAGAAAGCAUGUAUGAUUACGAGCAUACAUGGAGUGCAAUUGAAAGCAAUAAAAGGAUCAUCUUACAAUCAGGAUCAGAUCAUGCCAGAGAAUUGCUAUCAGAUGAUGACUUCCAUGAAGUCAUUCACCGUAGGUACUAUGAUCUACAGCACCUCGCAACUGAACUUGCAUUCACCCCAGACAAUCAGCAGCAACCUGAAAUCAUCCCUGAAACAGAUGUGGUUGAUCCUUCCAUAUUAGGCAUUGCAAAAGGUGUUGAGAUGGUUCUCCAAAGAUUGAAGAGAGUGGAACAAGGAAUAAGGGACCUCAAGGAGGAAAUCGCAAGCUUGAGGUAUUACGAGUAUCACCUUGUGACUGAACUCCACAGGAAAAUGGACUACAUGAUGAAUUACAACAUCCAGUUGGAGGAAAGGAAAGUGCCACAGAUGUUCUAUCUUGUUAGCCUAGAUAACCGGUCCAAACAGCUGGUCACAAGAAUACUGCCUGGGAUGCGGUCCUUACGAGUGCACAUGCUGUGCGAGUUCCGUAGAGAGAUGCAUGUAGUAGAAGAUCAGCUCGGCUGA